AUGGGGCGCAACAGGAAGCCAGGUCCUCAACGGGGUCUUCUCGCGCCGGCUCACGGCCCUCAAGUGGUGCGCGUCACACAGAUCUCCGGAGAAGAGCACAGCGUUCCUGCUGCGGAGAUCUACGAUGUGAAGAGCCUGAAGCAGAAGUUGCAGCCGAAGCUCAAUGUGUCGCCGUUCAGGCAAGAUGUCUGUCACGGCAACAAGGUUUUAUGUGGUGAUGCCAAAGUCCACUCCGAGAUGGAUCUUACGGUUGUGACACGGCCAAGCGUAGAAGCUUCCGGCAGUCAGCGUCAACGGCUUGCUAAUGCCGCCCAGUUCAACAAAGUGACGGAGAUUCAAGCCCAGCUGCAGCUCGGCAUACACCCAGAUUUUGCAGUCGAUGGUACUACGCCACUCAUCCUGGCUUCUUGCAAAGGCCACGUUGCUGCGGUAUGGCUGUUCCUGCAAGGUGAUGCCAAUCCAGAUUUCCGCGACGGCGAAGGGCGCACAGCCCUGAUGAAUGCGGCUCGCUUCGGUCAUGUUCAAGUCGCGCGGUUGCUCCUCCGGGCCGGUGCUCGAGUGGACCUGCGCGACGAUGACAAGAACACGGCUAUGGAUCUGGCAACAAACGACACCAUCCGGGCCAUGCUCUGCGAGGCCAAAAUUCUCACAAAGUUGGCGGCGAAAGAUGUGGAGGUUGAGCCGGGGGCGGCUUGA